UCUUCCCAUUAGCUUAUGCCUUCUUGUUCUUCAUCUCUUUCUUCGUUUUCAUCUUAUUUUCUUCCAAGGAUCUACUGCCCCCUUCCCCAAAAUCCCGUGAAAACUAGCCUCCUCAUCUCAGUUGGAGUUGGAUUGGAAAGUUCGAUUGAGACGGAAACUAGUACAAUUUUGUCGAGGAAAAAUCCUUAGAUUCGAUAGACUUAGAAGCUGAAUUGAUUCAAAUUGAAUUAUGCGGCUUCCUUGUUGUACAGUGUGUCAAAAUCGAUACAACGAGGAUGAGCGGUGCCCUUUGUUACUGCAAUGCGGCCAUGGCUUCUGCAAGGACUGCCUCUCUAAAAUGUUCUCUGCGUCCCUGGAAACCACCCUUUCUUGCCCCAGAUGCCGCCACAUCUCCACCAUCGGCAACUCUGUCACUGCCUUGAAGAAGAACUAUGCGAUCCUUGCGUUGAUCAACGACUCUUCGGCCUCUGUGACGGCCGCCAGCAACUAUUUCAGCGAGGAGGAGGAGGAGGAUGAGGAUGAUGAUGACAUGGAUGAACGGGGUGGGAAACUCUUCUCUUUUGGCACCAGUAAUACUAAUCAUAGUAGCUAUAAUCACGAUGAUGAGGUGGAUGACGAAGUAGCGGCAGCAAGAAGGCGGCGAAGGGGGGCCCACGCUGCCACCAGCUGCGGAAGUGGGCGGAUUGAGGUGGGGAUGCAUCAAGGGCUGAAGUUACUGAGGAGGAUUGAGGGGAAUGGGAAUAGGAUUAAUGGGGUUAGUACUAGUAGGAGGAGUGCGGUGGUGGAAACGUGGGCGGCGGUGAUGGUUGGGAGCAAUGGUAAAUGCCGGCAUAAAGUGGCAGUGAAAAAGCUGGCAGUGGGGGAGGAGAUGGAUAUAGUUUGGGUUCAGGGGAAACUGGAUGGGCUGAGAAAAACCUCAAUGUGGUGCCGGAAUGUGUGUGCGUUUCACGGUGCAACCAGGAUGGAAGAUGGGAGUUUGGGUUUAGUAAUGGAUAGGUGUAAAGGGUCGGUGCAGACUGAGAUGCAGAGGAACGAAGGCCGCCUCACUCUUGAACAAAUCCUUAGGUACGGGGCAGACAUUGCUCGUGGUGUGGCUGAGCUGCAUGCAGCUGGCAUUGUUUGUAUGAAUAUCAAAUCAUCCAAUCUUCUUCUGGACUCAAAUGGUCAUGCUGUUGUUUCUGAUUAUGGGCUUCCAGCAAUUCUUAAAAUGCCUGCAUGUAGGAAAGCUCGAUCAGAGGGUGAGUCUGCAAGGGUGCAUUCAUGCAUGGAUUGCACAAUGCUUAGCCCAAAUUAUACUGCUCCUGAGGCAUGGGAGCCUGUGAAGAAAUCACUUAAUCCCUUUUGGGAUGAUGCAAUUGGCAUUUCUCCAGAAUCAGAUGCCUGGAGCUUUGGUUGUACAUUGGUGGAAAUGUGCACUGGUUCUAUCCCGUGGGCUGGGUUAAGUGCAGAGGAAAUAUAUAGAGCAGUUGUGAAGGCACGGAAGCAACCUCCUCAAUAUGCAAGUGUUGUAGGUGUUGGCAUUCCAAGGGAAUUAUGGAAGAUGAUCGGUGAAUGCUUACAGUUUCGGCCAUCUAGAAGACCAACUUUUAGUGCAAUGUUAGCAACAUUUCUUCAUCAUUUGCAAGAGAUACCUCGCAGUCCUCCUGCAAGCCCUGAAAAUGACUUGGCAAAAUAUCCAAUGGCAAAUGGAAUGAAAUCGUCUAAUUUAAUUGACUUGGAUCUUCACCAAGAUAACACUAACCUUCUUCACCGGCUUGUCUCUGAAGGCGAUCUAAAUGGUGUCCGAGAGUUGCUUGCCAGGUCUGCAUCAGGACAGAAUGGUAGUUUGUUAUGUUCUUUACUAGAAGCACAGAAUUCUGAUGGUCAGACUGCUCUUCACCUGGCUUGUAGACGGGGUAGUGUGGAACUUGUUGAGGCAAUUUUGGAGUACAAAGAGGCUAAUGUAGAUGUUCUAGACAAAGAUGGUGAUCCUCCGCUGGUGUUUGCAUUAGCUGCUGGAUCGCCUGAAUGUGUCCAUGCUCUCAUCCAGAAGAAUGCUAAUGUCAAAUCUGUACUGAGGGAAGGCCUUGGACCAUCAGUUGCCCAUGUUUGUGCCUAUCAUGGCCAACCACAGUGUAUGCGAGAGUUAUUAUUGGCUGGGGCUAAUCCAAAUGCAGUAGAUGAUGAGGGUGAAUCUGUACUUCAUAGAGCUGUUGCCAAGAAAUAUACGGAGUGUGCUAUUGUGAUAUUGGAAAAUGGAGGAUGUAAAUCAAUGAGUUUUCAGAACUCAAAAGAUUUGACACCACUGCAUUUAUGCAUAAUGACGUGGAAUGUAGCAAUUGUCAAAAGAUGGGUGGAGCUUGCAUCCAGGGAAGAGAUUGCUGAUGCCAUUGAUAUUCCAAGCCGUGUUGGGACUGCUUUAUGCAUGGCUGCUGCCCUGAAAAAAGAACAUGAAGCUGCAGCAGGGAGAGAACUUGUACGGAUACUGCUAGCUGCUGGAGCAGAUCCAACAGCUGAAGACAACCAACAUGGAAGAACAGCUCUGCAUACUGCAGCUAUGAUUAAUGAUGUUCAGUUGGUCAAGGUAAUUCUUGAUGAUGGAGUUGAUGUAAACAUCAGGAACAUGCACAAUACGAUACCUCUCCAUGUUGCAUUGGCUAGAGGUGCAAAAUCAUGUGUUGGAUUGCUUUUAUCUGCUGGGGCAAAUUGUAAUCUGCAGGAUGAUGAUGGUGACAAUGCCUUCCAUAUAGCAGCUGAUGUAGCAAAGAUGAUACGUGAAAAUCUUGAGUGGAUCAUUGUAAUGCUUAGGUAUCCUGACGCUGCUGUCGAAGCCAGGAAUCAUAGUGGUAAGACAUUAUGCGACUACUUGGAGGCUCUUCCGAGAGAAUGGAUUUCUGAGGAUUUGAUGGAGGCACUGAUGGCGAAAGGAGUACAUUUGUCUCCCACAAUUUAUCAAGUUGGAGAUUGGGUAAAAUUCAAGAGAAGCGUUACAGCUCCUACAUAUGGGUGGCAAGGAGCUAAACAUAAAAGUGUUGGUUUUGUGCAAAAUGUCCCAGAUAAGGACAAUCUCAUUGUGUCAUUUUGUUCUGGGGAAGCACGAGUACUAGCAAAUGAAGUUGUUAAAGUGAUUCCGCUGGAUAGGGGACAGCACGUACAACUAAAGCAAGAGGUCAAAGAACCAAGGUUUGGUUGGCGGGGACAUUCACGUGAUACUAUAGGUACUGUUCUUUGUGUAGAUGAUGAUGGGAUCCUCCGCGUUGGUUUUCCAGGAGCUUCCAGAGGAUGGAAAGCUGACCCUGCAGAAAUGGAGAGAGUUGAAGAAUUUAAGGUUGGAGAUUGGGUUCGUAUCCGCCCAUCGCUUACCACUGCUAAACAUGGAUUAGGAUCUGUAACUCCUGGAAGCGUAGGUGUAGUAUACUGUAUCAGACCGGAUAACAGUCUCUUAUUGGAACUAAGCUAUCUACCUACUCCAUGGCAUUGUGAACCGGAGGAAGUUGAACCGGUUGAACCAUUUAGAAUUGGUGAUCGGGUUUGUGUGAAGCGGUCUGUAGCUGAGCCAAGAUAUGCUUGGGGUGGAGAAACUCAUCAUAGCGUUGGAAAGAUAUCCGACGUAGAAAGUGAUGGCCUUUUAAUAAUAGAAAUCCCCAACAGACCUAUCCCAUGGCAGGCUGAUCCUUCAGACAUGGAAAAGGUUGAAGAUUUUAAGGUCGGAGAUUGGGUUAGAGUAAAAGCUUCAGUGUCCUCCCCUAAAUAUGGAUGGGAGGAUAUAAACAGGACCAGCAUUGGUGUAAUUCAUAGUUUGGAAGAGGAUGGUGAUGUAGGAAUUGCUUUUUGCUUCAGGAGCAAACCUUUUUGCUGUUCAGUGACAGAUGUGGAGAAGGUUCUCCCUUUCGAAGUUGGACAAGAUAUCCAUGUGAUGCCAUCAGUUACUCAGCCUCGGCUUGGGUGGUCAAAUGAGACGCCAGCCACAGUUGGAAAAAUUGCAAGAAUUGACAUGGAUGGCACUUUAAAUGUUAAAGUCACUGGGAGACAUCAUUUGUGGAAAGUUUCUCCUGGAGAUGCUGAACGGCUUUCAGGUUUUGAGGUAGGUGAUUGGGUACGGUCAAAGCCAACAUUGGGUGUAAGACCAAGCUAUGACUGGAACAGUAUUGGGAAAGAUAGCUUAGCAGUUGUGCAUAGUGUACAGGAGACGGGAUAUUUGGAACUAGCUUGCUGUUUCCGGAAAGGAAAGUGGAUCACUCAUUAUUCAGAUGUUGAAAAGGUACAAGGAUUUAAAGUUGGACAGCAUGUCAGAUUCCGAGUUGGAUUAGUUGAACCAAGAUGGGGAUGGAGAGGGGCUCAGAUAGAUUCUCGGGGUGUUAUAACUUGUGUUAAUGCAGAUGGAGAAGUAAGGGUGGUAUUCUUUGGUUUGCAGGGAUUAUGGAGAGGGGAUCCAGCAGAUCUUGAAAUAGAGCAAAUGUUUGAUGUUGGAGAGUGGGUCAAAUUGAGAGAACAAGCUAGUUCCUGGAAGUCUAUCGUGCCAGGCAGCAUUGGAGUGGUUCAAGGGAUUGGAUGUGAAGGAAAUGAAUGGGAUGGAAAUGUUUUUGUUGGAUUUUGUGGAGAACAGGACCAGUGGGUAGGUCAUAUUACAGAUCUGGAAAGAGUUAGCAAGCUUCUUGUUGGGCAGCGCAUCAGGGUUAAGAACACAGUGAAGCAGCCAAGGUUUGGGUGGUCUGGACACAACCAUUCUAGUGUUGGUACCAUAACAUCUAUCGAUGCAGAUGGCAAGUUGAGAAUUUACGCACCUGCUGGUUCCAAAUCUUGGGCAUUGGAUCCUUCAGAAGUUGAUCAUGUGGAGGAAGACGAAUUGUGCAUAGGGAACUGGGUUAGAGUUAAAGCAACAGUAUCUAGCCCAACACAUCAUUGGGGAGAAGUUUGCCAUUCAAGCAUUGGGGUGGUGCACCGAAUAGAAGAUGAAGAUCUGUGGGUGGCAUUCUGCUUCAUGGAAAGGCUGUGGCUUUGCAAGGUGUGGGAAAUGGAAAAGGUGAAACCAUUUAAAGUGGGUGACAAGGUGAGGAUCAAAGAAGGGCUGGUGACUCCUCGAUGGGGAUGGGGGAUGGAAACGCAUGCAAGUAGAGGUGAGGUAGUUGGGGUGGAUGCAAAUGGAAAAUUGAGGAUUAAGUUUAAGUGGAGAGAAGGAAGGCCAUGGAUUGGAGACCCUGCAGAUAUUAUCCUAGAUGACAAUUCAUCUGAUAGUGGUACAACUAGCUCAUGAUGCCAAAUAUAUCUGUAAUAUCUCAAAAGUUGUAGCCUGAUGCAAUUAGCUCUUAUGUAUCUCAAGCUGCUGAGAGAGAAAGUAUGAAGAUGUUAAAAUUUACCAGAUUUUAAUACCUGCAGGGAAUGUGACAGGCAGAGCAUACCUUAAUGUUUAUAGGUGAGAAGUGGGAGGGUCAGAUGAGCUAGAAGCAGAUAAAGGAAGGCCCAAAUCCAUGAACCAUGGGCCAUUUUGUAAUUUACUGUAUCUAUCCAAGGUGGUUGUAAGUAUGCGUAUCAGAUACGGGUAUCCUUGUUAGUUUGUACAAAUUAUACCAUUUUAUUAUUUAUUUAAUUUACUUGUGCA